GUGUACUCACAGUUUCUUCCUGCAUAACAUCCUUUUUCUCUGUUUACUCUGCUCACACUAGUCUUUCAUAAUUAAAUGUAACCAAAUAAUACCAAAACUGAUAUUGUUGUUCAUUUAAUGCAUUUUGUACUUUUCAUAUCAUUUAUUGAAACUAAGAGUAAGAAGAUAUGGGACAUCACUCUUGUUGCAACAAACAGAAGGUUAAAAGGGGAUUAUGGUCACCUGAAGAAGAUGAAAAACUCAUCAAAUACAUUACAACUUAUGGACAUGGUUGUUGGAGUUCUGUUCCAAAACUUGCUGGGCUGCAGAGAUGUGGAAAGAGUUGCAGAUUAAGAUGGAUAAAUUAUCUAAGGCCUGAUUUGAAACGUGGAAGUUUCUCACAUCAAGAAGCAGCACUCAUUAUAGAACUCCACACCAUUCUAGGCAAUAGGUGGGCUCAGAUUGCAAAGCAUUUACCUGGAAGAACAGAUAAUGAGGUGAAAAACUUUUGGAAUUCCAGCAUAAAGAAGAAACUCCUUUCUCAUCAUGAUUUUGUUGUUCCAUCUUUUGCCACAUUUUCUGAUAUUCACACCCCCUACAAUAUUGGUACUAUGGAAAGUAAUUUCUUCUCUUUUACAGCAAACCCUAAUUUGAUCCUAAACUUCAAUCAAGAUCAUCUAUACCUUCCAACCUCAUCAUCUCCAAAUCCACAAGAUUUUCACCAAACUGAUACAAAGGUAGACAUCAAUAACAAUUUUAAUGCCAAUUUUCUUCAUCAAAGUCAGAAUCCAAAUCCAGAAAUAGUACUACCAUCUAAUAUUCCUAAUUCUUCUUAUGAAGAUACAUGGUCAUUGGAUUGUGUACCACUUCAUCAUCACAACAAAAAUCAAGAAAAUCAAAUUUCCAAAAUUGAUGCCACCCCACUUUUGAUUGUUGACAAAUUAAUCAACCCAAUUGAAUUAAUGCAACAAUAUGAUCAUGAUCACUUGGUUGAACUUGAUCAACACAUUGUGCCUAAACUUAGCAUUGAGGAUUAUGCUUGUAGGAUCCUAGAUUCAUCUAAUUCUCAAGAACAUGAACCUCCAGCAAAAAUUCAGUGCUACACACCAAUUCAAGCCAAUCAAUUGGAUUACAUUGAUGCAUUGAUCAUGUCAUCAUUGCCAUCCUCAAGCAGCCAAAUAUAUCAAUAGUCACAAACCCUAUUAUUCCUUUAGGAUUGGAACCUUAAAAGUUUUAGUUUCAUCUAUUUUUAGUAUUUUAUUUUAUUUUAUUUUGUUUCAAUCAGUCUAGUGAUGAAAUUCAUACACACCAAAUGCGGAGGAGAAGAGUCGUAGUUUUAAAUUGUUGUCGCAAUUACACUGCAAAUCUUUAUAUUGCAGGAAAAUGGACAAUACAGUCUAAAUUGCAGAGACUUCAAAAUCUGCAAUGUUAUAGUAUAAUUACAGUUGUCGACAGCAAUUAAAAAUACGAGAAGGAUAGUGCAUGUUAGAACUCGCAUCUCAGAAAAAUCAAAUGUUUCUGCAUCUUUUUACCAGCUAAGCUACACUUUGGAGAGUAUUGCAUUAUUCAUUAUAAUGGUGAGGGACUUAUAUAAUGAUAAGUAAGGUCGGUGAAUUAUUUGUAUGCAUUUAACUAUGUAUGUUUUUUUGUGAAGAGUGUGGAGAUAUCAUUUUAUUUGUUAAUUUGAACAUUUUACAUUGAGUGAUGAUUAUUGAUUGUAGUUGAAUUAAUAUGUACCUUUAGGUACCAUUUACAUGCAAGUAUGUAUGUUUGUCACCUAAAAGUAUAUAUGAAUAUUAUAUAU